UCCUCAGGAGAGGCCUGAGUGCAGCCGCUUCCCAGCUCUCCACAGUGUUGCACCACAUCUGGGACCGAGUCCGAUCGCAAGAAUCCAGAGAGGCCAUUCUAUCCUGCGUCCUCUGCAUUCUUAACAUGCACAAGAAGGUGGACAACUGAAUUUUCCCUCCCUUUCAUUUUUUUUUUCUUCUCCCUUACCUACUUUUGAGAGGGUGUGUGGGGAAAGACUGAGACAGAAGAAGAAAGGGAGAAGUAAGCACAGAGAGGUUUUAUUAGGGCUCGUUUCAGAGUUGUUUUAUUUCUGUACGUUUGGUCAAAAAAAUCGACCAUGUCGGAAAGCAUAGUGAGGAAAAUCCAGCCGUUCACCAUCGGGACCAAGCUGUCGGUGCCUGCUGUGUCAAAAUGCCCAGAUUUCACAGAGAGCUUCCUACCCAGUCGCACACUGGAUAACUGCAAGCUGAGACACAACCUUAAUGACCAGGUGUCUCUCUACCUGAGUCGGACACAGGUACGUUCUAGUGAUCGUCACUUUUUGCCAGAGGCAACGCGUGCGUCCCCUGCCAAAUGCCACCAGGAAGAGAUGGCAGAGGAAGAUCGACUGAACAGAAAUGCAGCCUCUCCAACAGCUGCUUCCAGAUCCAUCCGGAAAAUCACUAUCUCCAGCACCAUGGACUCUACCAGAUACAAACUGUCCCAAGGGUCAGAGCUCCCUAAGAUGAAAAUCAGCUCAAAUUCAGAAAACAUCAACAACAACAAUAACAUCAGCACCUCAAACCCAAAGCUGCCAAGGAUUGUGGGAGUGAGUUGUGAGAAUAAACCAAGUUCACAUUUCAAGGUUUUGCUUCGGAAAGACACAAACAAUGAAAAACAGGUCAACCAUACACAUAUGAGUGCAUUGCCUCUCGGCAGAGACAAAUACCCCUCCGUCCAUCAGACUCCUGUGUUCAAAGCCUGUUCACCCAAAAGAGACCUGCUCAAGGGAAACAGCUCGCCGUGUGAACCUAAAGAUGUGCCUAAGGGAUCAAACAUUACAUCAGCCGACUCUGACCUUUGCUUCACCCAACAAAGUGCCGUCUUCAACCGUGAGAUUUCUCAGGCUGAAGCAUGGAUCAAAGGGAAACUGCAGGACCUGAAGGAGGGCUGUAAUAUCCAGAAAUGUCCCCUGAAGGAUUGGGAGGAAGUGUCUCAGACCCUCCAAAGAGACCUGAAAGAUUUUGAGAACACACUCAUACAGCUAAACCAGAUGGGUGAACAGCUGAUGUGUAAACUGAACCCUACCUCAGAUUUGGUGAAGAAACAACUCAGCCAACUCAGGGACCAAUGGCAAACCCUGAAGCAGACAGCAGCCAACCAAUCAAAGGCUCUUGGCGGAGCCAGGAGCCUGCAGGAGUUUAACACGAAAGUGGACAGACUGGAGGCGUGGAUGAAAGAGAAGGAAGAGGAGCAAUCUUUGACCAACCUCCUCAGGGAGAACGUUGACAAGAUGCAGCUCACCAGAAGGAUCUUAGAUUUGAAACAGGAUGAACAGCUUUACCGAACUCUUCAUGAGGAGAUCAACCAGCUUGCCCUCAAACUGGAGAAACAGGGGAAGACUGAGAGCAAGAACAUCUCCACCAGAAGAAAGCACAUUAAUAAAAUGUGGCUUAAGGUUCAGUCUCUGCUAAAAGACUAUCAUGAAAACCUUCAGCUUGCCUUGGAAGUCUCCUCUUUUUAUCAACAGGCAGAUAAUAUUGUCUGCUCCAUCAACAACAUGAGGAAAAGCCUCUCAGAAACUCAAAGUCAAGAAAACGGCGGAGAUGGAGAAAUUCGAGAUAUCGCCAGUCAAAUAAUGAUGUUGGAUGUCUCAGUGUCUCAGCUGUCUAAUCUUCACCCUGCUCUUGCGGUGAGGGUGACACAGAAGCAGGCAGAGGUGAAAGACUGCUGGGCGCUCCUCCAGAAGUCUCUCAGGACUGAGAAGCCAGCACAACCUCACUCCAGCUCCCACUUCACCAGGGAAGACGGCGACCCCAUGACCCCCUCUGUAGAGCCACAGUGCAACGUGGGAAUUGAACCGCAGAGGAUCAUGGGAAAGGAUGUGAAAGAAGAGCAAAAUAGACUGAAAGGAUUUGUGGGUGGGAGAGAAUCUGGCAACACCAGAAAACCAUCUGACGGCCAAGAGGAGACUCCACCUAUCACAGACAAGAAUCUGGCGAGUGAUGUCAUUGAAAGACACCAGAUGGAGGGGGAAAGGAAAGAGAAGGUAGAGACCCAACCUGGAGCCACUGUGGAAGAUGGCCACCCACGGCUCCACACACAACUCCAGAAAUUCACCGUGUCUGCAGACAAGACCCUCUCCUGGCUGAAGGACAACGUUGCCAUAGCGACACGGAUCUGCUGCACCUCCAGCCCGAACAGCCUGGAGACAGCUAAGAGGUGUCAAGCGGCUUUGCAGCAGGAUAUCCUGUCGAACCGGGCCAGAAUAGAGGUGGUCAAAAGGGAGGGCCGCAGCCUUGUGCGAGCUCAGCAUCCUGGCAGUGCCAAGAUUGAGGAGUUUUUGUGCCAGCUGGAGAUCUUGUGGGAAGAGUUAAAGCGAAGGCACCAGAAGAACUCUUUGGUUCUCCAGGGUUCUGAGGAGCUCAACUACAGGGCUGUUAGAACCCUGCAGGCACUGGGUAGUCUGGAGGCCUGGCUUGAGGCAGUGGAACUGUCCAUCAGACAGUCCUCUCUGGUUGGCGACCCAGAGUCUAUGAGUGUGGCUGAGCAAGAGAGCUCUCUGUUGGAGAGAGAGAUGGCAGCUCGAGCCCUAGAGCUCCGAAGUCUUCGCGAAGAAGUGGAUACUCUGAGUGGACAGAGACACCUUCACACUGAGUUGCUUCCUGCGCGCAUGGAGGAGGUGGAGAAAAAAUACCAUAAGGUGCAGAAUGUGCUGUGUCAGCAGAGCUCGAAACUGCAGGACACGCGCAUGCUGACAGAGUUCCUGGAGCGGGUAGAGCUGGAGGAGAGUCACUACAGCACCAUUGGACAGCCACUCUGUAGUGAGAUAGAGCCGUCUCUGCUGGCCCUCCGAGGAGGUGGACGCAGUGAACCCCUGAUAGAGAGCAUUGGCGAUCCUGUGGAGGAGCUGACAGAGGCUGUGGAGAUGCUGAAUGACACGGCUAGGGAAAGAGGUCGUACACUGUCUCAUGAUCACAGCAUCCAAGAGCUGAUCAGUCGGCAUGCCUCAGUGUCUGCACGAAUCGAGAAGUGUGUGAGGCGUUGUGCCGAGUUGGCGGUGGAUGUUCUGGAGAUGGAGAGGGAGAUGGCUGUGAGGUGUGAGCCUGAACGCAGUGACUUAGAUGGCCUACAGCUCCAACACGACCAGAUUGAGACUGACUACCAUGCCCUAAUGGCAGAGGUGAAAGCCAUGGAGAACCUGGCCGCUCGUCUGGCGGACCUGUGCCCUGAGAGGGUGUACGUUCUUGGGGUUGAGGUUCAGGGGACCCUGCAGGCCUGGAUAGAGCUAGGGAAGAGUGUGGAAGAGAACAGAGACAGACUACGGCAGUUUGAACAACUACGCCACUUCUUCAGAAACUAUUUGGCCAUGAUAUCUUGGACAGAAGACACCCGGUCAUGCAUAUUCUCAGAGAGUGCAUUGCUACAUGGGAGAGACAAUCAGGAACCCCUGGCUGACAUCCUGGAUCAGCAGAUUGAACAAAAGUUUGAGGAGUUUGAUGAGCUUGCAGCUGCUGGAAAGAAGCUCAUUGAUGAGGAACAUCAUUUGACUAAGAUGAUUAAAGAGAGAAUGGAGGAACUGAGGAGCAUGCUGGGAUGGAUCCUGGUUCAUUGGAGGAAUCAAAAGGACCAGUGGAUCACCAGGAGAAGAACAAUAGAACCUCAAGUAGAUGCCAUCUACUCUGAAGCCACAGUCUGCACACCUCCCUCUCUGCAGGAUUCCCAAAGAUCAGCCAAAGAGGCUGUUUCUGAGGAUGUGCAGAAAACACCAGGCAGCCCGCCUCCUAGUGGUGUGGAGGAUGCAUGGCAGUUGGAUGAUGGUUAUGAGGUGAUGAGCAGCAUCAGUCCAAGGAGCAAUGAUAGCACUAGUGCUACAGAGGAACCCUCCUCCCCUUACCUGGUCCUGAAAGAACCCAGUACACCUCUUGGGGGCACUGUGAACCUCAUCCUCAGCUUCAAUAGUGCAGGGGACAGCCAACUACAAGUGCAGAACCCAGUGAGGAAGGAAGAGGUAGAGGCACAAGAGCCGGUGCACAGGGUAAGUACUUAUUUGCAUGUCAAAGACAACAUGGCUGUCUCCCCUGUGUAUGAGAGUAUCACGCUGCCCCGCCUCAAAACUCAAAGCCCCACCUACACCUCAUCCGGCUCCGCCUCCUCCCCACACGGCCACCGGCUGCAGAUGAGCCCCAAUUUUCUCCAAACGCUUCCCAAGAACUCCACCACUUCCAUCUUCAGCAGCCUGAAAAGGAAGAGCAAGAAAAGGAAGAAGAAGAGAGAUGCUCGUAGGCACACCAUUCAGAGGAUCAUGGGAGAGGAACCAUCAGAUGGAAGUGCCCCACCAUCAGAGUAUGAACCGGUCUCAUAUGAUACACACACCUGGCCCUUGAAGGACAGGAAGAAGAGAAAGAGUAAAAACUCUAAAAGGCCAGAGCUCUUGGAUUAUGUGAGAAACCCUCUUAAUAAAGACAUUGAUGCUGAAUGCACAGGAGAUCUCAAUUCCACUGCUCUAUUCACACAAGAGAAAAAGCCAGCCAUUGGACCAACUCCUCCUUCUGGGCACGUUAAAAACCACUGCAGGUUUCUAUCUCUGGGCUCUGUGCUUAGCUUUGAUUUGCCCAAGGACAUGAGUCUCAUUCCCAGUAUUCAGGAUGUCAUCACUAUCGGGCCCACUGAGACCAGGAGAACGGAUGCCCAACACCAGAACCCCAACGCAGAGAAACCAGCUGCUCUCAGUACCUUCAAAUUGGCCCGUUCACCCCCCACACGCAAGGAAGAAGAAUGCAAACCCAGCUCUCAGAGUGAUGUGACCUUCAAGAUUGAUCACCAUGGCACUCAUACAAUCCAUGUAGAUGCCAUCUCUAUUGCUGAAGAUGACUUCCCUCCACCUCCACCACCAGUGGCAGAAGACUUUUCUUUUGAGGAGAAUCAGACCACAUCAGUCAGUGAUCUUACAAAGGUUCAACCACAAUGUUUGUCGGGGAUCAACAGAUUACAUGAGGAAGAUGAGCAUGAGUGGAAUGAAACAGCCACCAAGCUGGUCUGCAGUGAGGAUCAUCCCAAUGACACUCCCAACAGUCCAACCAACAAAAGGUGCAAGGAGAACUCUUCACCUGCAAUCUCCAGCCACUGCACCACUACAACAGAAGUUAUUCAUAUAUGCCCCAGUGCCCAUACCCUCAUUCAGGAUCUGAAUGGACAUGAGUAUCACAAGACCUUAAAGCCUGCUUGCACUCAGCAAGAGCAAGAAAGCCCACUGGUCAGCCAAAGUCACUCUUCUCACAUAGUGCUGAAUUUCAAAGCCAAUGGGAGGGAGGACUCAGUGGACUCUGGCCACUCCAGUUCUGGCAGCUUCAAGCUCUGCGGUGAAGCCCCAUAUCUGGACACCACAGAUUACCCACCCCCUAGAAGGGCUUUGGGAAGGCUGGUAUCCAUGGAGAUGACUAAUGGUCCUAGAGAAUCAGAUUGCCCAAAACCAAAAAAUGAGGCUUCAAGAAUAACCGACACAGUCCACCCUGAUCAUCAGCAAUUUGAACAGGAAGAGGAGGAGCUUGAGGACAUCUGGAAUCACUCUAACAGCUACCGGCAGAGCAUGUGCUCUGACAUCAUGUAUGAGGGUUACCAGUCCGAACUGGAGGCCAGCACUCCACCAGGGGAGGCCAGGGAACCUUCACCCAAGGAACAAGCAGUGCUCUAUAGGAACUUGGUCACUGCCUCUGCUCCCAACCUCUUAGUGGCUGAGUUCAGGCUACCACCCCAUAUUCAGAGCAUGCUGGGUUAUGGAAAGGAGCCCAGUCCAAAUGAGGAGGUUGGCCCACUAGGUAAAGGAGAGAGAAGAUCUUGGGCGGCAUUCCCCUUGAAGGAUCAGUCAUGCAGACAAGCAGCUUUGGUUAACGAGACAGCUUCUGACUCAGUGAAGCUUCCAGAAGUGGAGGAUCAGCAGAAAUAUAUCUACCACUAUAGAGAGCAAGAGGAGGAGGAGGAGGAGCAUGAGGAGGAGGUUGUGGAGGAAGGAUGUACAGGUGGUCUGAAGGAUCAAUCCAUGAGUCUACUCUCUGUUCACAUGGGAUUGGAUAGAUCUCUCCAUGCCACAGACAUGCAGGGACAGAGGAUCACCACAGGGGGGCACUCUAGCACCAUAAAUGACAAGUCUGACUUCCCAUCUAUGGAAGGCACUCUUGAGAGAAAGCAUAAGCUACAGCUUGGAGGGAAAAAGGCGCCUUGCAGGACAUGGAACUCAUACCAUGCAGUUCUGUACAGACAAACUCUGUGCUUCUAUCAGGACAGGAAGGAUACACUAGGGAGCUCAGUGACCAGUCUGCCUCUAAACCUUUGUGGAGCAGAAUGCACACCAGUUCCAGAGUAUACAAAAAAACCCAACUGUUUCAGUUUGCGGUUACAUGAUGGGUCAGAGUACCUCCUAAGUGCCUCUUCUCGCUUCAUGAUGAAAAAGUGGAUGCUGAAAAUCCAAGCUAAUACAGGAUCCAGUGAAUCCAGAUCAAUAGCAACAAUGCUAUGCAGAGAUCCUGUUCAGGAUGUUAAUUCUUCAUCUGGCACCUGUCAUUGUCGAGUCAAAUGCCACUGCUCUCUCACGAAUGGUGUUAUCUCUACCCUCCGAGGGCAGAAUCAAACAGGCAAAGCCAAAGAGAUUGUCAUCCUCACCAGAGACAAUGCUCAGGUCCCUCAGUGGCAUCAAGGGAAACAGGAGGACUUUUCUCUCACUUCAUGUUCAGAUGCAGGCCAUCGUGGAAAUGACACUGGCUGUAAUGGAGAGACCAUGAGGGAGAGACUCCAGGGCUCCGUCCCUCCAUGCUCCUCUCUCUCACAGACUCAGGAUUGGCAAAGCAGCAACAAACACCGCUCCCACUCUUUCACCUCAGCAACUUACCAGAGGAUCAAGCCUGUGACACUGCCCUCUGCAGGAGGAGGCCAGGAUAGCAGCUCCAGCUACUCAGUUACUCUGUUCAUUGGAGAUGGAGAAAGACCUCCAGUGUGUAAGAGCACUGCUGUGCCCCAGCUGUGUGACUUUCCACAGGACUGUCUCAGUGACCUACCCCUGAGAAACUAUGCCAGCCUCCCACGGCCACGGAACAAGUCCGUCUUUAAGAAAUUCUUUGGAAAGAAGGAGUGAUUCUAAUAGGACUUCAGUGGCACAGCUUAAGGCUUAAUGUGUCACAGACUGUUUUCAUGUGCAGGACACAGCGGAAUAGUGUCAGAGAGAGAGAAGAAAAAAUAUUUUUUUCUGGUGCAUAUUUAUGUUUGAGAUGGUGUGAAGCAUUGUUUUUGUUAGUGAGUGAAACGUGGAGUAUAGUUUGGGAAAAUCACUGAAGCAUAACUUCUGAAAUGUCAUAAAACAAACCCUAAUUAAAAUAUAACUAUUACAUAAUAUUCCACAAAUGUGCUACUUACAGAAAUAAACACAUUUCUAAAUGCCAUAUUUAUAUUACAUUUUAAAUGAUCACAUCUAUACUUUAUUGAUUUGGACAGAGCAGCAUAGAGGUGGUGCUCUUCUCAGAUUCAUUGAGAUAUCAGACAUGGCACUUUCAAUAUCAGGUUAGAUAUCAGGCAAGGUCAAUAAGAAUACAUAUAUCACAGUUUCACAUACUACACCAUAUAUCUGGUUACAGUCAACAAUAAUCAAUCAUUCUUGGGUUUCAUGUCAUGGUGUCAUUUCUUUAUGUUGUGUGUGUGGGUUGCAGUUUGUUUUUUAAUAAUUAUCUUUCAAGUUAUAAGAUGUUAAGGUCUUUUGAGCUAACGCCACAAUUGUUACUCAUCUAUUUCACUUAUUUCUUUAAAUGUGAUGUCCACUGGGUUGAAUGCUUUUGGUACACUGGGGACAGGAAAUAGAUCUUUCUGCAUUUCCUGUGAGAAACCUACCUAACUCAAAAAAGAGUCUUUUUCUCUGAGACUUCCCUCCAUCUUUAUCAUGUCAUUUUCAACAAGCAUCUUUCUCACGUCAAUUUUGUGUCCAACCAUGUAAUUAUCUUUCCAUGUUUGAUCUGACACUGUAUGUAAUAUAAUUUUGCUGUCAAGUCCAUCUGAUGGAGGUGCAACUAGGUGAUUCUCUGUCAUAUUUUUAUAUAUUGCUCCCUUCUGUCUGUGGAUAUUAUCUGUGGAAAGUAGCCUAGAA